GUGGUUAGUUUCGAUUUGGCGGCGUGACAGUCGACAGUCUGAUAAACGCGACACAAAACCCGAGAGAAAGAACCAGAAAACACCGUCCACAAAACACACAGGUGCGUCGUCGAGUGGUCUUCGUCGCCGUCGUCGGUGAAAGAGAACUAACAGAAAAGGUUUAAGCUCUUCUGAUCAACAUCAUCGUCAUCGUUAGAUGAGCGGCUCGCUAUACAGUGAUUUCCAAUGAACGAAGAACAAAGUGCUGUUGAGUUAUCCAACGAGCGAGAACUCUGGAAACGGAAUCUUACGGAAGAACAACCACUGUUAGUAUUAUCGGCGACACUUUAGUGCCAAGUAUUGUCCUUGGGUGUGAAAGUUUGCAACGUAUCGCAACCACAAAAAUAGCGGUGAAAAAAUAGUGUUAGGUUCUAGAUCGUAGUGUUGCUGUUUUGUUUCGAAAACAAACAUCAUUCAAAAUGUAUCCACCGAUUUUAGUGUUAGUGUUAGCCUUAGUGAGUUUUUCGAAGCAGACUCUUGCGCUGGAAACAAUCCUUCAGCUGGAGUCAUUAGCUGCGGACGAUGGCGCUGAGGGGGGAGGAGGUGAAAUUGGUGGCAGUGCGGUCGAUUAUUCUAGUCAAACGUUCGACUACGACGCGGAAGAUGAUUCCGGCAGUAGUUUUCUACGGGACCAACAACAACAGCAACAACCUCAAGAGCACCCGGUCGUGAUGCUGGGCGAAGAAUACCACCAGGUUACAUCCAUCAGUCCGGAAAGUGAAAGUGAAUCGAAAAUUAUGGAUGGAAAUUUUAGCAUUAGCACCCCCAGCAAUAGCAUCCUCGAAGCAACUAGUGAGGAACAGGCUGAAGUGACUGAUCGCAUUGCUAGUGAAGAAGAUCAAAUCAGUGAUAGUGAGGGAAAGGUUAGUGUGGCGCAAGCUUUCAUCGGCGACGAUCCUCAGGAAACAUCCAGUCGGGAUGCUCUAAGCAGUAGAAGUUUGGAUCAUGAAACGGCCGAUUCACUUCAAGCUUCUACAAUACUAGAAACCAGUAUCGCCAACAAUUUCCUCUAUACAAAUGGCCCCUUCAACGAAUCCUACCACCCAUCGGCAAGUUCUGCAAGUGCGGAUGAAAGUUCAGAACCAGCCUCAGAAGAUCCACUAGCAAGUGUGGAAGAAGAUGCACAAUCACUCCUCACCACCACAAACGUUCCUUCGCUUUCGCUUCCGGAAGAGGUGGUUGUGAAGCCCACCAAACCGCACUUUGACGAAAGUAAAAUCUCCAAAAGUGAGCUCCUGUCCCGAAUGAUCAACGAUAAAAAUCUUCGAUUGCCGAUCGCGUUCCUGCUGGAUACGUGCAACGAUUCGCUGAGCUAUUCCAAGCAAGUGUUCGACGCUACCUUGGUUCCCAAGUCACCGCUGGAUGUGAUUUUGAUGCGGUACAACAGCACGGGCAUCACGAAAUCCAUCAGCUUCCGGAACACUAAAUCUCUGAUGGAAGCCAUCAAUUCGCUGCAGCCAUCGUUCGAAAACAGUGGCCGUGCAUACUCCGGAAUCCUUCGAACGUCCCAAGAAAUUCCCUACGACAGUGCCAUAUUCCUGGUGACGGCCAACGCAGCCACCGACAACGAACUCUCCCGAACGGCCGCCCUAACCUUGCUCAAAAAGCGAAUUCGGCUGUACGUGAUUUGGUUCGGUGACGAGGUAGACACCAAUCUAACCGAUCAGCACCUGGACAGCCAGACUGGGCUGCACGAACUGGCGUACAAAACCGGCGGUCGAGUGAUCCGGUUCGAGAUAGACCGAAACUUCGGAAACAAUCCCGUGCUGACCACUCUCGUGUCGGAGAGCGAACUGCACGGCGAUCAGAGCAUACCGAUUCCGGUUCCGGAAGAUGUCAACAGUCUGUACUUUAAGCUGCACGGCAACCUGAACGCGGCCACGCUCCGGACUCCCAACGGUGAUUAAUCAUAAUACCACCUCCUCUUAAUUUAACAUUCAGAAUUUGCAUAAGUUUUCUAGAAUUCUCAUAACAUUUGUACUUGAUGUGUUACGUUACGUUCUCUUUACUUGUUAAGAUUUUCUUAGCCUUUGUUGACCCUAAAAACUUAGCUAGGACUCGAAACUUCUGAUCCGAAAACUUUGAUAAAGUUAACAUUAAAACUGUUACAUUGUUCUUUUUUUUCGUGAAAUUAUCGACGUGGGGAUAUCUGUUCAAAUAAUUCAAAUUUUGAUUGGUAAAAUUAAGAAACAAAAAUGAAGAUUCUAUCACAAUUAUAGAUACAAUUUGACGUUCUAUCAGGUUCUCCGGAAGAUCGCCUUCCUUGCCGCUAAAUUUUUAAUUGGCGAAGCUCUGGCGUUUUGGGAUAGCCCAAAAAGGCCAAAACAGAACGGAACAAUGUUCUCGCUCGAGGCAAAAGUACUCCUGCAUAUAAAUUGGUGUUUGGAAAUCUGCUUCACCGUUUCUCUUCUAGUUGUCAUGUUACACAACCUUGAUCAAUUAUUGCCAGAUCGAACUAGGACAACGGAUCAGCUACUAAGAGGAAGAUUGUACGGAAUAUUUAAAAAAAAAAACUAGUGUGAAACUUGCAAAAAAAAUGCUAUUAUACGUAAGAAAUUAAACCCGUUUAUCAUCAAAAUGCUAUUUCAACGUUCAUAACUUUAGAAGUGCACCUCUAAUCGAGAUAUGGUUUUCAGAAAAACUAUCGACAGUAAUCCAAACUGUGAGCAAACUUACAUAAAAAAAAAAACAAAUCUACCGAUGAGUGUGACGUAUUCAUGCUCGUCACAAAAAAAUAUAUCGUUAAAUGCUAUACGGACCCCUUUCGAUUUUGGCUACAAGCCGUAAAUUUUGUGUUGCCAAAAUCGAACGUUUUUGCCACUUUUUUUUUUUUAAACUAAUCAAAUGAAUGUAAAUCAUAAUAUAAGCAUUAAAUUAAUUUGAUUGAACUCAAUUAUAUAAGUUUUAAGCAGUAAGAUAAGAUUUUUUACUGCCUAAAACGAAUGAAAUUGAGCCAAUCUAAUAAAUUCAUUGCUAAUAUUAUGUUUUACAUUGCUUUUAAUAAAUUAAAAAAAAAAGAAAAAUGAAAGGUUUAAUCAUGUAGCCAAAAUCGAAUGUUGCCAAAAUCGAGGUCUGUGCAAACUUCAUACUCGUUGCGCAAUCCUUUUCCAUGGUCAAUGUUGCAAAAAGCAAUUAUAAAAAGACAGAUAUUUCCAUAAUCGAACUGUUUAUUGACUUGCAGUAUACAUUACAACGAUAUUUCCAGACAAAUUUAACGAUUUUGAAAGACAAAUUGAAGGACUAAAUAUUACCUAUCAUAAAUAUAAUUGAAUACGACCCUAAUUUUAAUCAUGAAGCAACUUUACGUGGCUGCAACUUGUACCUCUAAUUUAUUCUAUAGAGUAAAUUUAACAGCAUGAUAAUUUCUACUAGCAGUCGACUAAUCUUGACGACAUUUUAAAACGUUAGAUAAUAUUUCAUGGAUAUGUAGUACAAAACAACAACGAAUGAAUAGGCAAUAUGGAAAAUCCAACUCCAUAUGUUUCUUGUUAAAUGUCCUUAAUUGUUAAAAAUCUAUUGUAAAUAACAACUCUUUAUUCCCACGCGAACAGACCUACUGGAUUCAAACCUAAAAACCUAUCACUAAGAACCAUUGUGUAAUGUCCUUGUUUAGUAACAAUUCAUCGUACUGUACGUAUGUGUGUUAGCUUGUAAGUAACUCGUAAGUGACCGAAACUACUCGAAAUAUUACAAUUCCUAAGUAGCAACAACAACAACAACAAAAAAAACAACAAGCCUGAAUUACCGCCACACCUACACUUAUAAACAUCGACCCUAAUAAUGUUAAUGUAUUAUACCUGGUUAUUUGAAACUCCCAACGUGUUGUGUCGUCUUUAUUGUUUGUGUUCAAGUUUAACUUACAAAAACAUGAAAUUA